AUGGCAGAGGGUAAGGGGAAACACAGUGGAAGCAUCACCGCCAAAGCUUCCAUCAGUAGAUCUUCAAAAGCUGGUUUAAUCUUCCCCGUCGGUAGAGUCCACAGAUUAUUGAAAAAGGGCAAUUAUGCAAAAAGGAUUGGUUCUGGGGCGCCAAUAUAUCUAGCUUCGAUCUUGGAAUACUUGACUGCUGAGAUAUUGGAGCUCGCUGGCAAUGCUGCACGCGACAAUAAGAAAUCAAGAAUCAUACCAAGACACCUUCAAUUGGCUAUAAAAAAUGACGAUGAACUCAAUAAGCUACUUGAUAAUGUCACAAUUGCUCAAGGUGGCGUUUUGCCCAAUAUCCAUCAAAAUUUGUUGCCAAAAAAGUCGGGAAAGAGCACCAAAGAGUCUCAAGAGUUGUAUGGUUGA